AUGGAGGAAGCUCGGAUCUUGCUCGAUACUCUUCAAAAGAGCAUCAUAUCAUGGGACCGAUUGAGGGAAUUCCAAAUCGAAGUUAUGGAGGUGUCAGACUUGGAAGCGUCAGAACAAGACAAUUGCAUUGAAUUGCUAGAUCAUAACUUGGGAGCACUAUACACAAAAACACAAGGGCCUAGAUGGAGGCUCCAUAAAAAGGAAGAAAUGUUAGAAGAAGGCCUUGUAUAUUUACUAAUUAAAGAUCUUGAAUUGGGCAAACUCUUAGGAUUCUUAUCCUUCAAAAUUGUACACGACGACGAUAUGGAUUUGCAUUUAUUAUACCUCUAUGAGAUCCAGUUCACAGAAGUCUUGAGGAAUAAGGGACUAGGCACUUUCUUUCUCUGCAAGCUAGAGGAGAUUGUGAAGAAGAUCAAUGGAUCAGGAAAAAUCAAGAAACUGUGGUAUAAAAGAGAUUCAGAAUACUAUGAUGGUUUGGACGAUCCGGAAUUAGAACUUACAGGUAUUGGGUUGACAGUAUUCGGCGAGAACGAAAAUGCCAGGAGGCUAUACGAAAGGCUAGGAUUCGCUCUGCAUUCCACAAGUCCACAGCCCAAGAAGUUACGCAAUGGCAAAAUCGUUUAUCCGGAAUACAUGACACUGGAAAAGAAAAUUCAUUGA